GAGAUGCCAACCGUGGCUUGCGAGCGCUGCUCUUUCCAAGUUGCGUGAGCUGACGACAAUGAUAUUAUUGCACAGAUGGCAUGGCGUGACGCUCUUGGUCCCGUUACUUUAAGCGCGUGGAGCGCUUGCACUCGCCGCGAAACUCCUGUGUCACCGAUAGAUUCUCCAAGCUGGGCUUUUCAGACAAACUGUCUUUGUAGUGAUGAUAGGUUGACGCGUCUGUGUAAGGAGCUUCGCCCCCGACUUGCCGGGUUAUUUUGGCGGCCAACUGCCGCAACAAGAGGCGAAGUUCUCGCGUUCGACAGUGAGCGCACAAGGGCUCAUAUGAUUUUUGCUGUAGAAUACACAGGCAACAAUGUCGCACACAGGUUCGACUAGACACGAAGCCGUGGCGCAGAAAGGCGCGGCAAAACCGUGAUGGCAAAGCCGAGCGCGAAAGCUGCACGGCGCAAAUUGGCAGCGCUUUACCUCAACACAGGCGCAUAGCAUCAAUACAGGCGAAUUUGCUACCAUUUUGAACUGUGCCUCUUCGCCCGACUUGCGAGCUAGCGCGCUGGAUCCACUCUCGUACACUCGUUUGAACUGCCCUGCCUGCGAGGUGCCUUUAAAAAGCUGCGACGUCGCCUCAAUUGUAUAUAUUGACCGUGUGAGCACCUGACGUCGCAAGGUUCCCUACCUUGUGAUAAGUGACAUACACUAUGGCUCGCUCGCUUAGUCGCGCUGGGCCACUGGCCAUCCUUCUCGUGCUCUUCUUCAGCGCUGAGCUGGCCAAGGCCGCUCGCCUCACAACCAUCCUAGACGAUCACAGCGAGUCAACCAAUGACCUUCCUACUGAUUCCAUCGAUACCGUCCUCGAGACCGUCUCUGACACCGCCGAGGUUAACGACGUCGUGCGCCGCUUCCUGGACACAGCCGUGGGUGCUUACCCGCCGCCCCCGUCCCCCGAGCCCCCUCAGCCCCCCGCACCCCUCGAUGACUCCCUCUACAUUGACUUCAUCGACAUGCCCGCUCAAGGCGCCAAGGGCACUGAGGGCAGGCCCGCCAAGGAUCUGGUCUGGUUCGAUGAUGAGGACUUCUACGACCAGCUGAAGGGCUACAAGCCUCUGCAGCUGGUGGCUCGCCCCAAGCGCGCCGACUGCAGCAACCGCCAGUGCCAGAGGUGCCUGGGCGCCUGGAAGGCGAGCGAGAAGCAGGACACGGUCUACGUCUUCUUCCGCGACCCCGUGCAGAUUAGCAAGAUCUACAUCAAGCAGCUUCUGAACCCCGGCGUCGCCAUUGUGCAGUUUCUGAGGUGGAAGGCUCCCCAGAAGGGUUCCACCAAGCCCCGCGGCGGGGCCAUCGUGCUGAACCAGACCACCGACUCCACCAAGUGCGGCGAAGUGCUGACCGUUGACGUCCCGCCUGAGGUUAGCGGCAUCGACCUCACCCCUCUCAAGCGCGGCAGCGCCAACAGGAUCAGGCCUAUUGCCCUGGGUGCAACCGCCGUGGGCGGCGUCCGCGUCACCAUCAUUCGCCCUCCUGGUGUGGGUCCCGACUACGGCCCGUGGAUUGAGGACAUUCACUUUGACGGCCGCGCCCUGUACCCUGAGGACGCCUCCAUCUACGACAACUACCGCCUCUACAACUCCACAACUUCCAACUAAACCCCCUACUCCACUUCGCUGUCAUGGUCCGGCAUUUGCCUCCAUCACGGUACGAAGAUUGGUUGCGAACAUAAAUUUAGGCUGGACUGCCGUACAUAGCGCACGGGGCAUCCAUGAAGUAAGGACUGUAUUAGCCCUUUGUACAGCGAGCCUCCUGGCUCGAAUGCUUGAUGCAUGCGUCGUGCAAGGUGAGCUGGACAUCUGAAUGCACGCGCAUCCGCGGCAACAGGUCCCUGGCAGCUGUGUGUUGAAUUUGUUUGAGUUGUAUGACCAAAAUUCGUGAUGGUUGAACAGCAGUUGUGAGCAGUGCUGAAUCUCUUGGUUGCCAUUCGCUCAAACUCAUGCGAUUGAGAGGUGCAAAGAGUGCCGUGAGUGUGCAUGCCAGUUCGCAUGGGUAGGAACUUGUACAUAGUACACUUUGGCAUUGGAGUUUGGAAGUCGCAUUGCAGGCGUGGGUUGGCCAUGGAGUUGCGCAGAGUGGGUGUUGUUGGCGCCACCGCGUCAUGUGUCACGGCGCCAUCGCGCCUGAGUGCAGGUGAUUUCAAAAGACGUUAUAGGAGGGGCAGGCGGCGUGGGCAGGCGGGUACAGCUACCAAAUGACGGAACUGGGUAGGCAGGAAAGUAGGAACGAGCGGCAGGUACGCUGCUGACAUGGUACCACGCUAGUGUUGGCGUGCACUUCUGACGUGGGUCUGUAGGUAACUUGGCACGCUCCAUAUUGAUUUUUCGUGACCCUUGAACCUGUUUAGUGAGACGAGUGUGACUGUCUAUGAGUUGCCCAUGGCACGUGUGUCCACCUGCGUGUUCCAACGUAGCGUCAGGCAAAUUAGAGUACGUUCUGUACUAUCCCCAUCACAAUCCCAUGCACGCCUUCGCGCAUGCAACUUCACCCCUCAUGCGCUGACGUCUUAAGUCUUCUGUUGUUUUUGCGGGGGAUACAUGGUACACCACGUUCGGUUUUCCGUGCCGACACAGUUGGGUGCCGCGUAGUUAUUGUCAUCAUGCGCACAGUCGGUUUUCCGUGCCGAUGCGCGAUGGCGCGCAGUGAGCGCAGUUAUGUUUGUGUGAGUACCACAUCCACCCUUGACCUUCCGCGUCCGGUCAAGUACUGUAAACAAUAACCGGA